GAGGCGCCGGCGCGUCGUCUCUGCGUCGCUCUGCGACGAGCCUCCCCAGCGAGGGCACUGGUGAACUAUGACCGCAAGAGUAGUAGGCCUGCGCCAUCCCUACGCUUGGGUUUGCUUUGUUAUUCUUGCUGCCACGAUGGGAGCGGUGACGCUUGUCCUAAUCCUGCGACUAUGCAUCGUGCUUCGGUCGCACGACGUUAAGCCCCGGGAGUCUCUCAGUCUCUUGAUAGUGGCUGGGUCAGGUGGGCAUACCACUGAGAUCCUAAGGCUGGUUGGGAGCCUGUCCAGUGCUUACUCACCUAGACAUUAUAUCAUUGCUGACACGGACACAAUGAGUGCCAAUAAAAUUAAUUCUUUUGAACAUGAUCGAGUGGAUAGAGACUCUAGCGCCUUGAGCAGCAGCUAUCACAUUCACCGGAUCCCACGAAGCCGUGAGGUUCAUCAGUCCUGGCUCUCCACAGCGUGCAGUACCUUGCGCUCCUUGUGGCUCUCCUUUCCCCUGGUUCAUGGGAUCAAGCCUGAUCUGAAAAAUGCUUCCACAUAUUUGUGGGAUGACUUAAAAGUGAAUGAAUGGAGCCGGGUGUGGUGGCGCACGCCUUUAAUCCCAGCACUCGGGAGGCAGAGCUGGAUCGAAUUCCCCAGUGGACAAGACGCCCUUCAUGUGCUGGUCUCUGGCCGCUUUCCCUCUUCUGUGCCUGACAGCAGAGAGCAGAGGCGGCAGCAGGUGGAAGCAUCCAUGGCCCUUGAUUUACAGGAAAAAGAGCGUCAGAGGAUGGUGUUAUGUAAUGGACCAGGGACCUGUGUUCCUGUCUGCGUAUCUGCCCUUCUCCUCGGGGUACUCGGGAUAAAGAAAGUGAUCAUUGUCUACGCCGAAAGCAUCUGCCGAGUGGAAACUUUAUCCCUGUCUGGAAAGAUCCUGUUUUAUCUUUCGGAUUAUUUCAUUGUUCAGUGGCCAACUCUAAAGGAGAAGUACCCCAAAUCUGUGUACCUUGGGCGGAUUGUUUGACAGAUGGUAACUUCUUCAAAGUCUUAUUGUAAAGUUUUCUGAAAGUUAGAGAAUUGUUAAUGGUAAAGAAUAAAAAUUAUGCAAAUAACCCAGUGAAGAGGUUGAGGCUUCUAAGGUAAAUGUUAGUAUAAAAUGCCCGGCAAAUGUUUAUGCCUCUGUAUACCAAAUUUCUUUUCUAAAUAAAAGUAUGUAUCACUACCUGCAAA